GUGUCUCCCCGCUCGCCAGGGCUCCUGACGCCGCCGAGGGUGACCCACAAAGGCCGGAGAGAUGGCCGGCGCUUCGGUGAAGGUGGCGGUGCGCGUCCGCCCCUUCAAUUCCAGGGAGAUGAGCCGGGACUCCAAGUGCAUCAUCCAGAUGUCCGGAAGCACCACCACCAUCAUCAACCCCAAACAGCCCAAGGAGACACCCAAAAGCUUCAGCUUCGACUAUUCCUACUGGUCACACACCUCGCCGGAGGACAUCAACUACGCGUCCCAGAAGCAGGUGUACCGGGACAUCGGCGAGGAGAUGCUGCAGCACGCCUUCGAGGGCUACAACGUGUGCAUCUUCGCCUACGGGCAGACCGGGGCCGGCAAGUCCUACACCAUGAUGGGCAAGCAGGAGAAGGAGCAGCAGGGCAUCAUCCCGCAGCUCUGUGAAGACCUGUUCUCCCGCAUCAACGACACGACCAACGACAACAUGUCCUACUCCGUGGAGGUCAGCUACAUGGAGAUUUAUUGCGAACGCGUCCGUGACCUCCUGAACCCCAAGAACAAGGGCAACCUGCGUGUGCGAGAGCACCCGCUGCUGGGGCCGUACGUGGAGGACCUCUCCAAGCUGGCCGUCACCUCCUACAAUGACAUCCAGGACCUCAUGGACUCCGGGAACAAGGCCAGGACCGUGGCGGCCACGAACAUGAAUGAGACCAGCAGCCGGUCCCAUGCCGUCUUCAACAUCAUCUUCACCCAGAAGCGCCACGAUGCGGAGACCAACAUCACCACAGAGAAAGUGAGCAAGAUCAGCCUUGUGGACCUGGCGGGGAGCGAGCGGGCCGACUCCACGGGGGCCAAGGGCACACGGCUCAAGGAGGGAGCCAACAUCAAUAAGUCCCUGACCACGCUGGGGAAGGUCAUCUCUGCGCUGGCUGAAAUGGACUCUGGGCCCAACAAGAACAAGAAAAAAAAGAAGACAGAUUUCAUUCCCUACAGAGAUUCCGUGCUGACCUGGCUGCUCCGGGAAAACCUAGGCGGGAACUCCAGGACAGCGAUGGUGGCGGCCCUGAGCCCCGCAGACAUCAACUACGACGAGACCCUGAGCACGCUGAGGUACGCCGACCGGGCCAAACAGAUCCGCUGCAACGCUGUCAUCAACGAGGACCCCAACAACAAGCUGAUCCGCGAGCUGAAGGACGAGGUGACCCGGCUGCGGGACCUGCUCUAUGCCCAGGGUCUCGGGGACAUCACCGACACCAACACUGUGCCCGGAGGACCCAAAUACGUGUCCGACCUUGAGAACAAUAACCGUAACCGUGGCGGGGCGGAGUUGAGUCCAGCCCCUGACAAUCUCUCCACAGUGACCAACGCCCUGGUGGGCAUGAGCCCCUCAUCCUCGCUCUCGGCGCUGUCGAGCCGCGCCGCCUCCGUGUCCAGCCUGCACGAGCGCAUCUUGUUUGCCCCGGGCAGUGAGGAGGCCAUCGAGAGGCUGAAGGAGACGGAGAAGAUCAUAGCCGAGCUCAACGAGACCUGGGAGGAGAAGCUGCGGCGGACGGAAGCCAUCCGGAUGCAGAGGGAAGCCCUGCUGGCCGAGAUGGGCGUGGCCAUGAGGGAGGACGGUGGCACACUGGGUGUGUUUUCUCCCAAAAAGACACCGCAUCUCGUCAACCUAAACGAGGACCCGCUGAUGUCCGAGUGCCUCCUGUACUACAUCAAGGAUGGGAUCACCAGGGUGGGCCGGGAGGAUGCGGAGAGGCGACAGGACAUCGUCCUGAGCGGGCACUUCAUCAAGGAGGAGCACUGUGUCUUCCGGAGCGACUCCCGGGGCGGCAGCGAAGCCGUGGUGACGUUGGAACCCUGUGAGGGGGCAGACACAUAUGUCAAUGGCAAGAAAGUCACGGAGCCCAGCAUCCUGCGGUCAGGAAACCGCAUCAUCAUGGGGAAGAGCCACGUGUUCCGAUUCAACCACCCCGAGCAGGCGCGGCAGGAGCGCGAGCGCACGCCCUGCGCAGAGACGCCCGCCGAGCCUGUGGACUGGGCCUUCGCGCAGCGCGAGCUGCUGGAGAAGCAGGGCAUCGACAUGAAGCAGGAGAUGGAGCAGAGGCUCCAGGAGCUGGAGGACCAGUACCGCCGGGAGCGGGAGGAGGCCACCUACCUGCUGGAGCAGCAGAGGCUGGACUACGAGAGCAAGCUGGAGGCCCUGCAGAAGCAGAUGGACUCCAGGUACUACUCGGAGGCGAACGAGGAGGAGGAGGAGCCGGGGGACGAAGUCCAGUGGACGGAGAGGGAGUGCGAGCUGGCGCUGUGGGCCUUCCGGAAGUGGAAGUGGUACCAGUUCACGUCUCUGCGGGACCUGCUGUGGGGCAACGCCAUCUUCCUCAAAGAGGCCAACGCCAUCAGCGUGGAGCUCAAGAAGAAGGUCCAGUUCCAGUUUGUCCUCCUCACGGACACGCUGUACUCCCCGCUGCCGCCAGACUUGCUGCCCCCGGAGGCUGCCAGGGACCGGGAGACGCGCCCCUUCCCGCGCACCAUCGUGGCUGUGGAGGUCCAGGACCAGAAGAACGGGGCCACCCACUACUGGACGCUGGAGAAGCUCAGGCAGCGCCUGGCCCUGAUGCGGGAGAUGUACGACCGGGCCGCAGAGGUGCCCUCCAGCGUCAUCGAGGACUGUGACAACGUGGUGACUGGUGGAGACCCCUUCUACGACCGCUUCCCCUGGUUCCGGCUGGUGGGCAGUUCAGUCAUCUCUGGCUGCAACAGCUACCCUCUUCUCAACACAUGCAUGAGCGAGCGCAUGGCUGCUCUCACCCCCUCCCCCACCUUCUCGAGCCCCGACUCCGACGCCACCGAGCCUGCCGAGGAGCAGAGCGUGGGGGAGGAGGAGGAGGAGGAGGAGGAGGAGGAGGAGGAGGAGGAGGAGGAUCCGCAGGACGACGUCUUUCCGGAGCACGCGCUGUGCGACGGCCGGGACCCGUUUUACGACCGGCCCCCCCUGUUCAGUUUAGUAGGAAGGGCCUUCGUGUACCUGAGCAACCUGCUGUACCCCGUGCCCCUGGUGCACCGUGUGGCCGUCGUCAGCGAGAAGGGAGAGGUGAAGGGCUUCCUCCGUGUGGCCGUCCAGGCCACUUCAGCUGAUGAAGAGGCCCCCGAUUACGGCUCUGGCGUCCGACAGUCAGGAACCGCCAAAAUCUCCUUUGACGACCAGCAUUUCGAAAAGUUCCAGUCCGAGUCCUGCUCUGUGGUGGGGAUGUCCCGCUCCGGGACCUCGCAGGAGGAGCUGCGCAUCGUGGAAGGUCAGGGCCAGGGUGCCGAGGCAGGGCCCUCUGCCGACGAGGUCAACAACAACACCUGCUCAGCCGUGCCUCCGGAAGGCCUCCUCCUGGAUAGCCCUGAGAAAGCCGCCCUGGACGGGCCCCUGGACACCGCCCUGGACCACCUGCGCUUGGGCAGCACCUUCACCUUCCGUGUGACCGUCCUGCAGGCGUCCAGCAUCUCCGCCGAAUAUGCCGACAUCUUCUGCCAGUUCAAUUUCAUCCAUCGCCACGACGAGGCCUUCUCCACGGAGCCCCUCAAGAACACGGGGAGGGGCCCCCCGCUCGGCUUCUACCACGUCCAGAAUAUUGCAGUGGAGGUGACCAAGUCCUUCAUCGAGUACAUCAAGAGUCAGCCCAUCGUGUUUGAGGUCUUCGGCCAUUACCAGCAGCAUCCGUUCCCACCCCUGUGCAAGGACGUGCUCAGCCCCCUGAGGCCCUCCCGCCGCCACUUCCCGAGGGUCAUGCCGCUGUCCAAGCCAGUGCCCGCCACCAAGCUCAGCGCGCUCUCGCGGCCCUGCGCGGGGCCCUGCCAUUGCAAGUACGACGUGCUGGUCUACUUCGAGAUCUGCGAGCUGGAGGCCAACGGCGAUUACAUCCCCGCAGUGGUGGACCACCGUGGCGGGAUGCCGUGCGUGGGGACCUUCCUGCUCCACCAGGGUAUCCAGAGACGGAUAGCCGUGACGCUCCUGCACGAGACGGGCAGCCACAUCCGCUGGAAGGAAGUGCGGGAGCUCGUCGUGGGUCGGAUCCGAAACACACCAGAAACUGAUGAGUCCCUGAUUGACCCCAACAUCUUGUCUCUCAACAUCCUCUCCUCUGGCUACAUCCACCCGGCCCAGGAUGACCGGCAGUUUCUUGAUUCGGACAUGCCUAGCGUUUCGUUCGGAAAUGACACUAGGACCUUUUACCAGUUUGAGGCCGCGUGGGACAGCUCCAUGCAUAACUCUCUGCUGCUGAACCGGGUCACCCCGUACCGAGAGAAAAUCUACAUGACUCUCUCCGCUUACAUCGAGAUGGAGAACUGCACCCAGCCCGCCGUCAUCACCAAGGACUUCUGCAUGGUCUUCCACUCUCGGGACGCCAAGCUGCCCGCUUCGCGAUCCAUCCGCAACCUGUUUGGCAGCGGGAGCCUGCGGGCCUCGGAGAGCAACCGCGUGACAGGCGUGUACGAGCUCAGCCUGUGCCACGUGGCCGACGCCGGCAGCCCAGGGAUGCAGCGGCGGCGGCGGCGCGUGCUGGAUACGUCUGUGGCCUACGUGCGUGGCGAGGAGAACCUGGCGGGCUGGAGACCGCGGAGCGACAGCCUCAUCCUGGACCAUCAGUGGGAGCUGGAGAAGCUGAGUCUGCUGCAGGAGGUCGAGAAGACCAGGCACUACCUCCUGCUGCGGGAGAAGCUGGAGACCACGCAGCGGCCCGGCCCCGAGGCGCCGUCCCCCGCCUCCAGCGAGGACUCCGGCUCCCACGGGUCGUCCAGCCCCUCCUCCCCGCUCUCGGCCGAGGGCCGGCCAUCUCCCCUGGAGGCCCCCAACGAGAGACAGCGGGAGCUGGCCGUCAAGUGUUUACGCCUCCUCACACACACGUUCAACCGAGAGUACACCCACAGCCACGUGUGCAUCAGCGCCAGUGAGAGCAAGCUCUCCGAGAUGUCUGUCACCCUGCUUCGGGACCCAUCCAUGUCCCCUCUGGGGGCGGCCACGCUCACCCCCUCCUCCACCUGCCCCUCUCUGGUGGAAGGGCGGUACGGAGCGGCUGAUCUGAGGACGCCGCAGCCCUGCUCCCGUCCGGCCAGCCCCGAGCCCGAGCCCGCGCCCGAGGUAGAUUGCAAGAAGCUUCCGUCCCCGGCUCGGGCGGCUGAGGCCGACAAGGAGUCCCCACGCCUGCUGGUUCCUGACAUCCAGGAGAUCCGGGUCAGCCCCAUCGUCUCUAAGAAGGGCUACCUGAACUUCCUGGAGCCGCACACGGCCGGCUGGGCCAAGCGCUUCGUGGUGGUGCGGCGGCCGUACGCCUACAUGUACAACAGUGACAAGGACUCCGUGGAGCGGUUCGUGCUCAACCUGUCCACCGCCCAGGUGGAGUACAGCGAGGACCAGCAGGCCAUGCUCAAGACGCCCAACACGUUCGCCGUGUGCACCGAGCACCGCGGCAUCCUGCUGCAGGCCAACAGCGACAAGGACAUGCACGACUGGCUGUACGCCUUCAACCCCCUCCUGGCCGGGACCAUACGGUCCAAGCUGUCCAGACGGCGGUCCGCCCAGAUGAGGGUCUGAGCCGAAACUCCCUCGCCCCCCGAGACAGCCAGCAGGCCAGCCCCACCCCCAGUCCCCGUCACCAUCCGUCAUGUCACAUGCGCCCAGCCUGCCCCCACCAGCCCGCCAGCCAGCCCGUCCCCUGCCAGGGACGCUGCGUGGGGCCCCCGGAGCGCCACCUCCGGCCCAGGCACCUGGGCCACAAGACCUAUCCUUCCCCCAGCAGGCCGCGUUCUGUCUUCUUUCGGAGCGGGCCCCAGGUGGGAGGGGCCGGCAGGUGCCAGAGAGGCCGGGGGGCACGAGUCUCGGGGCAUCGCUGCCAUUCUGAUAUUUUUUUAAGCAUAGACAGGCUUAUAAUUAAUAUACAUUAGCUAGUGAUACCGGAACAGCCCACUCAGAAAGUAACUAUAAGACUGUGUUCUAUUUAUAAGUAUUUAUUCCUAAUACCCUCACAUAGACCCGUAGGUGCGGAUGGACCCCGCCCCACGCCUGGCCCUCUCCCAGCCCCAAGCCUCAUAGGGACGACCACGGUGAAGGGGUGUGUGCAAAGGCCAGGGCACACCUGCCGCCCGGGCCUGAGCUCAGGCUUGUGGGACACGCCUGCCACCCGGGGCGCGCACGCGUGCAUGUGCGUGUGUGUGUGUGUGUGUGUGUGUGUGUGUGUGUGUGUAAGAGCGUCAGGGGACCCGGUCUGGGCCGCGAGGGGCUUGGGGUGCGGGGUCUCCAGCUCCAGGUCGUUCCUGGGACGCAGGUCUGCGCCCCCCUCUUUGCCCUGAGACAAGGGUGUGUGUGAGUGCCAGCGAGAAGAUUCCGUGGGGCCGGGUGGGGGCAGCAGCGAUGGGGUCCCCGCCAUCGAGGAGGCUGUCCUCUGAGGUCCCGGCCCUCAUUUCGCUGCAGCGUCCACUCCAUACUCCCCACGGACUGCGCACCUGAGGCCCGGCCGUGGCCAGAGCCCGCCCCAGGCUCAGCGCCCCAGGCUCGGGGUCAGGUCCGGCAGCGCACCCAGAAGCCCCGGGGCCUGGGGGUCUCCAGUGACCUGUCCCCUUGCCCCCGGCACAUGUGGCCUCUUUCUAACUCAAGUGAAAACAGCAACCGACCCACAAGCCCGUGUCCCACCAGGAUCAGGUCCCGCUCAGAAUCUGGGCAUCCAGGCCCAGGUCUGUGGCCCACUGGGCCACGCCGCUCACUGGCGCCUUCCACUGCCUUUGCCACACCCUGCAGGGCACCCCCAGCGACACCCCACCUUUCCGUUUGGUUCGGAUUACCUUGUCGAGCCCCAGUCAGUGGUCUGAAGCCCCAUCAGCCCAGUGGUCCCCGUCGCACUGCCGUGGCGUGUGGCCACAGUGCGGGUCCUGUGUGCCGAGGCCGGAAAUGAGUGCAGCCUCUUUCCUCUGGGGAUGCGUGGGCUCGGCUCCCACACCAGGUGACAAGGGUCCAGGGUGAGGCUUUCCUUUGGGAAAGUUCUUCGCCUCGGACGUGGGACCAGGCGAUGGGCUCCCCACCUGAGCAACGUCCGGCAGCCGGGUCCGGUUCCGCCCACGCCGGCGCCUGGAGGCUGUGAGUGCACAGUCCCCGUCGCUGGUCCGGGCAGCGAGUCAGCGGCCACUGCCCCUGCUGCGCCCCUCGUCCCCGGUGCUUGGAAGGCAUCCUGGGGGCAUCGCUCCAUCAGCAGGAAACAGGCCCUAGGAAACCCGUGUGUGGAGACCCCCGGAAGAGAGCUCGUGGCCGGGCUGAAACCAAAGGUCCAGAAAGCAGACGUUCCCGGGCCAAGACGCAGAGGGCAGGGGUGUGGCACAGUCCAGAGGGAGCCCCUAUUGUGGCUGUUGUGGUGGCCUCGAGGGCGGGGAGGGGACCAGGGAGGGAGGACGCUCUUCCCAGAUGCUUGGUUCUCGGCAGCCCCGCCUUCCCGCGGGGAGACUGGGGGCGCGGGGCCCGGGCGCAGCCGCUCAGGUCAGCCAGCCUGGAGCCGCGGCUCGAGCCCGGGCGCGGGGGUCUGAGGCCAGCCAGCCUGCAGAGCACCCGCUCCGUGGGGUGAGAGGAGGGGCCGCGCCCUAAAUUCAGGAGCCUCCACGGCCAUGGAGGUGCCCCCAGGACUGUUUCACUUUGGCCCCGGUGCCCUUGGCAGUUGCCUGGACCACUGUCCCCAUCGUCACUGCCGGAGCCCCGGGGCUGGUGGGGAGAGAAACGCGGGGGCACCUGGUCCCUUGGCCCUGCAGACGCCGCCCCACCUCACACCAGGGGGCUGGCACUUAGCACACUGGGCUGCCGUCUUCGCAUCUGUGACAGAGCGGCUGCUCCGGAGCGCCCGAGGGUGUCCCCGUUGUGGGGUGUGGCGGGGAGGCCAGGCCUGCCGGUGGCUGUUUCCCACUAGGUGGGGAGGGAAGAAAGAUCCAGAAAGCCAUCCCUCUGGGAGUUUGUUUCUUUAACACUUGAUGGCACUCAUUGUGCCUUGAGGGACAGCCAUCCUCUCCCAGGGGAGGGGUCUGUCUCCUCCAGGGAGCAGGGAGCCCCUGCUGAUCCGCUGUGGCCCCAGGGCGGGGGUGCUGGGCUCCAGGCUCCAGUGUGACCUGGUGGGUGCCCAGGGUAUCGAGAUGUUCCCAAGUUCCAAGGCCUCCGUGUUCUGAGUAAGCAGUCCUAAGAUGCCAACGUUCCAGUCACUGAUCACACACGCUCACACACACACACACACGCACGCACGCACGCUCACACACACCCCCAGUGGCUGCAGUGAGGCCGCCUCCCCAUCCACCCUGGUACCCCCUCUGCACCUGUGUGGCGGGUGUGGCGAAGCGCUCGGGGAGAGUUCCGGAACGUCGCUGGUGUUUCAGGCGUGAGCAGGCUGCAGUGCUGGUCCUCCGUCAGCCCCCCCAGUGCGGGACCCCGGAAGGCUCCCUCCUUUUACCCCUGGGACGAAGGACGCGCCCCCCGGGAUCAGCAGAGGCCGUGGCUUCUUCCAGGGCGGUGCCUCCGCAGCUGGCCGUCCCCUGCCUCCCCCCGUAGCUUGUACAUAUGUGGUCACGUGGCACACCCUGGCCCCUCGCUGUAACCGCCAUUCUGACGUAACGACUCUAGCUCCCUGACGUCCUAAACCCGAGUGUUAGGCUCUAGGCUCCUGUACUGUGUGUGCACUUCACAAUCUGUCCAAUAAAUAAAUAAAUGUGGCUCCUUAUGCACCACCAGA